GUUGACCUACCGCCUGAUGGAAAGCCACUUAUUGUUCCUCUUCUUGUCGUUUUUUUUGGACUUAAUCUGCUUGCCCGGCCCCUUCUCAUCAACAUCAUCAUCAUCAUCAUUACCGAGUUGCCGUUCAGGCUGCCACUCAACUUCACCCAUUUCGCUCAACCAAAGGACUGACUUUUUGGGAAAGUCACGUUUAAUUGGGAGGCGAGCCCGCUAAUCAAUGAGUGCGACGACGACACGCACUUUUGUCACCGGACUGGGCUUAUCUUUUGCCGAGAACAUAACUACUCAAUUACAACCGAUGUGAGCCGUAAUGGAUACCUGUCCGACAAAAGUUUCCCACUGCAAUUUGCAGCCAUUCCAUAAAAGGGUUCCCCGGCAUCCGGAGCAGAGCUCAGUGAUUCCACGACACACGUCCCGGCAUGGCGAAGGGUGACAAAUCGGAUACGCCGCAAAAGCAAGAUACUAAGUGCUUUAUGGAGUUGUUGCGCGUCUACUUUCGGAGCUACUGCGAAAAAUCAACCAUUCAUUGCGUCCGCUAUCUCUACGAUCCGCAGCUACACAACCUGGAAAGACUUAUCUGGUGCUUGCUGCUCUCCGUCAGCAUUGCCCUGUCAUGGUUCUUUUAUCUGAUGCUAUCGGAACGCUUUGUGUCGCAGAAGCUGCAAACUGUCGUCCACGAUCCCCAGUACCCCGUCUUUCUCGUCGAAUUUCCAGCCGUUGGUAUUUGCACUGACAAUCGCAUCAAUUGGAGCCAGCUGCAGGCGGCCAAGUCGGAGUUCCUGCCUGCCAAUGCGAGCUUGGAACUUGUGGAGUCCUUCACCACUUUGGUUGCUCGACUGGAGACGCUGCGCUUUGGCAGCUUUUCGGUGGGUCUGUCCGAGCUGGAUGACGACAAUCUCGAGGCAGUGAACUUCAUCAACAUCACAGCGUUGGCCAUGUUCCUGACCCUAAGCUGCCAGGAUAUCAUCGUGCCCAACUCGUGCCAGUGGCGCAGCACAACCUUCGACUGCUGCGAGUACUUUGUGAUGGAGAAGACCGAGUUUGGGUUCUGUCUGGUCUUCAACUCGGAUUUCUCGCCGCGCUCGAAGGAGAUCAAGAAACGCGAGGGCUCCAAAUUCUAUCCCCGUCACAAUGCGAAGGCCGGCCAGAGCACGGGUCUCAACUUUGAUCUGCUUCUAAAUGAGAGCUUCAAGCGACCGAAUUCCUUGGCUACCGAUAAAGUCUAUAUAAUGAUCAAAAAGCCAGACCAAAUGUCGAAUGUGGUCUAUUCCAUGACCCAAAAUACCGAGACCUAUGUGACGGUUCGUCCCGACCUGACGUGGACCGAUGAGACCACCCGGAACAUUCCCCCAGAACGUCGCAAUUGUCUUUUUGUGGACGAGCAGCUCGAGCUGGAUCCCGCGGACUCGGCCAAGAAGUAUGGCAAGCCCUUCCAGCUUACCAACUGCCUGAAUCGGUGCCAUGAGUCGUACUUGAUUCAGCUGUGCAACUGCUCCCUGCCCAUUUUCUUUCUUCACAAUCAAAAAGGUGAGUUGGGGCUUAGAGAGUGUUUCCAGAGGUGCCAUUGUUCUUGUUUUUCAGUCAAGGAAUGCACUGCGACCAGCCUCCGGUGCAUCGCGAGGCAUAAUGAUAUUUUCAGCUACGAUAAGCGUCGGGAGGAGGAUGCUCUGUUUAGUGCCACCAAACCAGGCAUGACAUGCUCCUGUCUGGUGAACUGCUAUCUGCUCGAUUACUACACGGCCACAACGACGCUGCCUCUCUCUGCCAAAAGGAUUCCAAAGGAUCCGCAGCAGAAACUCUUCAGAGUGGAUGUGCACUACCAAGUGGAGACGACGCCGCUGUACCGCACCAGUCUGGAAUUUACCACGAUUGAUUUGAUAGCUAACUUGGGUGGCAUCUUUGGCCUGUGCUUGGGCGCCUCUAUGGUCAGUGCAUUCGAGUUGAUUUACUAUCUAACAGUCGGCUUUGGCAUGCAUCUCUACGACAACUCCUACUAUGGCGUACUCCAUCGGAAAAUGAAGAUAAAAUGGCGCACCUUUAAGAGCUAUUUGAAAAACGAAGUCACUCAUUUAGCUGACCAUCAGGUGCACCCAUCCCAAAAGGAACAGACCACAAACAAAAUUAGGCAUCCGCUCCACCACCAGAGAAAUGCCUGGUGAAUGUUAUUUAUUGUUGAUUUAUACUCACAUUGAUGCUCAUAUUAUACCUAUAGUCCCGUCAACGUA